CACCGGCGUCGAUGCCGCCAUCUGACGGACGGGAGACUGCACGCACGCAGCACCGGGUGUGCGGAGUCACCUAAUAAAGCUUGAAAGACGCAACAUACCAUAUCCACCCACGCGACCAGCCGGCUGAACGCACCCCCCAUCUGCACCAGGCUGGCUUGUUACAUCUCUUGCGACGCGCCUUUCGAGAACCCCUUUGGUGUCAAUCGGUUGACGCCGCGGUCUGCACGUACAUAAACCCCUUCUGGAAAGCCCUGUCCUGUCCUCGUAGUCUGCAACCUGCGGCCUUUUUUCUCGAUAUCGGCCUGCCUGACUGACUCAUCGACGUCAAUUUGGUGCGCACCUUGAGAAUCAGGCUCACUCACACACGCACACAUAAAGCUUUUUACUCUUCCCAUCGCUCACAGCCGCAGCAGCAGCAACAACAGCAGCAGCAUCUCGCAACCAUGGUCAAGGAACGCUCAGACAUCACCUACUUCGGCGCCGGCCCGGCCCUGCUGCCGACCGACGUGCUGGACAAGGCGGCGCAGGCGCUGCUCAACUUUGAAGGCACGGGGCUCGGCAUCGCGGAGCACUCGCACCGCUCGGCGCUCGCGACUAAGAUCAUCAACGAGGCCAAGGCGGACCUCGCGUCGUACCUGGACAUCCCCGAGGACUACGACGUGCUCUUCAUGCAGGGCGGCGGCAGCGGCGAGUUCUCCGCCACGGCCUACAACCUCGUUGGCGCCUGGACCCUGCGCCAGCGCAACCGCAUCUUCGGCCACCUCAAGCAGCACAGCGACGCCGACGACCUCAACGAGCCCGCCCUCGUCCAGGAGCUCAAGACCAAGGUCGAAAAGGACCUCAAGAUCGACUAUAUCGUCACCGGCAGCUGGUCCAAAAAGGCCGCCGCCGAGGCCGCCCGGCUGUUUGGCCCCGAGCACGUCAACGUCGUGGCCGACGCGCAAAAGCAAAACGACGGCAAGUUUGGUACCAUCCCCGACGAGGCGUCGUGGAAUCUCUCCGACGAUGCCGCCAUGGUCUACUACUGCGACAAUGAGACGGUCGACGGCGUCGAGUUCCCCGGAUUCCCCAAGUGCCUGGAGCCCAAGGCGGACGGCACGGGGCCCAUUGUCGUCGCCGACAUGUCGUCCAACAUUCUGUCCCGCAAGAUACCCGUCAGGAACUUUUCCGCAAUCUUCUUCGGCGCCCAAAAGAACCUGGGCGCCGCGGGCGUCACCGCCGUCGUCAUCAAGAAGAGCCUGCUGCCCCAGCCCUCUGCCACCCUGAUGAGGCACCUCGCCCUGCCGCUGCCGCCGAUUGUCCUGCAGUACGAGAUCAUUGCCAAGAACAACAGCCUCUAUAACACCCUGAGCAUUUUCGACGUGUAUGUCGCUGGCCAGGUCCUCAAGAAGCUGCUGGCGACCUACCCCGACAAGGUCAACGGCCAGGAGACCGUGUCCGAGAAAAAGGCCGAGCUCAUCUACGGCGCCCUCGACGCGCACCCGGACGUCUACAGGGUCGUGCCGGCAAAGAGUGCGCGCUCAAGGAUGAACGUGUGCUUCCGCGUGAGCAAGGGUGGCAACAUCGACGAGGCCGAGAAGGCCUUCCUGGCCGAGGGCGAGAAGGUUGGGCUGACGGGCUUGAAGGGCCACCGCAGCGUGGGUGGCAUCCGUGCCAGCAAUUACAACUCCAUCUCGCUCGAGGGAGCCGAGAAGCUGGCCAAAUUUAUCAACUCCUUUGCCCAGGCGUAGAGAGCAGGUCUGAGGACGAAGAGGGAUAGAGGGUUUCAAUUGCGUGUGGCGUAGGUCUGAGUGCUGUCAACACCGAAAAGCGUCCCUUGAUUUCAACAUGGCUCGCUGCAGAUGAUUUAGUCGCGAAUCAAAAGAAGCAUAUUCCUAAUACAGGAUACCAUUUUUUUCGA